GAAUCAUUCGUUAAUUAACCAAUCGAACCAAAGAGGAAACAACUGAUCAUCAUCUUGAGCUGUUACCAUAGGCACUGAAUUCGCAAGUCUCAAGCUUGCAAGUGCGUACCUACGCGACCAUAAGUGAUCAUCAAUUUACGCUUUUAUCCUUUUUGUCUUCUUUCUCGAAAGCAACAAGACACAGCUAGCGCGAUAUCUUGAGUGGAAAGAAACGUUUGAGAUCUCGGAUCUCCGCGCUGUGUCUGUGGAGUGGAAUUGAACGGCAGAAUGUUACAUCAAUCGGUUGUGGUGUAGGGGUUAACAUUAUCGCCUCUCAUCUUGAAGCCCUGUAGAAGGUGCGCGAUAGCCCGGGGUUCGAUUCCCCGCAGCCGAACGUUUUUUGUGACUGAAACACCCCCUGGAUGAAUCUCAUUUUGAUCAGGGGCAUCCAGGAGCAGAGCCAAUAUAUAGCCUCCUCUCACGUGACGUUCUUCGCCUUGCCAGCCGAGUAAUGAUCGGAGCUACGCUCAGCACCUACGUUUACGCCACGCGCAUGACUAGGGACCAUCCACCGUCCGAUCAUCGAGCCCAUGCAUUCGUCCAUCCCCGAAACCGAUUUGAAAUCGAUGAACGAACCCCGAUAACGAUACACGACUCCACCAUGAGUGUCCCAAUGCUCCCCAACACGUGUAGUGGGUGUGGAUGCGGGGGACUUUGGCGUAUGUUUGUAUAUAGGACGGGGUAGCUGGGUGCGUGCCAAAGAGAGAUAGCGAGCAGCUGCACGCCCUUCUCUCCUCUUCCCCUCGACUCAAACUGCUCUACGACUCACUCCCGAUGGCCGUGACAUACCAUUACUCGCCACCGCAGCUAGAAGCCCGGGGAGAGCACCAGUGGGCUCUUCCGAGCUGGCCGUGGCCAGUGCUUUCGCUUCUGCGACGACGGCUUGUCAGGCUGGCUAUGCUCAAGUCUCUGACUGCGGCUGGGCUGCAGUGCUCUUCGUCUGGGAGGCGCGCGAGCUCGAACAGGCGAAAGCCGCGACGUGAUGACCUUGCAGACGACUGUCCAGGACGGCGGCGGGCUUUCGUUUUCUUCGAGGUGGACGGGGUAUGCUUACAGGUUGAUCCAUCCUUAUUUCUGCUCCUUCCGUGCCAGCCCAUGCAAGAUGAUGUUGAGAGUGGUGAACCGAGACGACGCCGCCGUAGAACCAUCCCCGUUCCCCCGUGCGAGUCAGCUGAGGGCUUCUAUUCGUUUUUGGAGGAUCUGGAGGCAUUUCCAAAGGAACUCUCCCUUCUCUCAUCGGCCCCUUGCGAAGCCGCGGGCGAGGCUGUCCCGGAAAUCCUUAGCCGGCUUUUGAACAUCUUGGAAACCACCACCCGUUUGCUCAGGCACGCAAGCCCGUGCACUCGUUCGCGUGCGAGUCGACGUGACCAUGACUGCCACUGUGGUUAUGAGCAUCUCUUCGAAACCCUGCAUGGUCGGGCUGUCGGGUCCCUCCGGCAGUUCAUUCUCUCGCGAUACCUGUGGGACAUCAGCGCCGACGCCCGGGAAGCUUCACGAUUGAAGCGGGUCGUGGCGGGUGUAGACGAAUUGAGGCGGUCUGGUGUUGUGGAUCCAGGGAGGGAGGAUUUGCGGACGUUGCUGCAAAGGCGCGUUCGAUGGGGUCUGCGUCGGGGUCGAUCAUGUUGAUGAGUUUCAGCUUCUUUGAAGGGAUCGCGUUAACUAUAUUGUGAAUUAGAUUAUCUAUCUUAUGCAUUGAUCCUAUUCUGGACUAACAGGCCUCAACCAUAACAAGUGGGACUGCGUUUAGACUUGGAGGCGACUACCGCUCUAGUCUCUCUCCAUACGAAGGAUCGCACCCACUAGACGUUUUGCAACCAGUGCCGGCUCAGGCGCGAUCAUGUGACUGAUGAGCGUGAUCGUGUGGCCAUCGAUCCAGAGACGCGUCUCCCA